GAAAUGAUCCAAUGCUGGGAGUGAAGAGAGAUGAUAAUGUAGGAAUCUGACAAUUUGCUAGAAUUGAUCAGACGUACAGGUUAUCAUCUUCGCUUUGAUCCUCUCGAAUCAAAUACAUUCUCUUCACUCCAUCACCAUGGCAGCCACACCGAAACUGACAACAAUGCUGACGGGCUUGAAAGUUGCCCAAGCACCACAUCGUUCACUCAAUCAUCUCUACUCUAAGAUUCUACGAGCCCUGCAGAAGCUGCCACCUACGUACCCUUACAGAAUGCACACCGAGAAAGUUAUCAAGGACCGAACCGCAAUAUUGAUUUCUACGGAAGACAUCCCAACCAUAGAAGAAAAAAUAGGUUGUGGUCAGGUGGAAGAGCUCAUUGUCCAAGCAGAGCAUGAGCUCCUCCUAGCCCGUAAGAUGUCUGUGUGGAAGCCCUGGGAGCCCCUGGUUGCCGAGGCUCCUCAGCACCAGUGGUCUUGGCCACCCACAAAGUAAUUUAUGCCCAAUAUUGUAGAUCAAAAAUAACGUAAUUUAUGGAGUAAUGUAUAUUCGGUUUAAACAAUUCGCAAAAAUAAAAAAAAUGUGGCUGUUGAGUA